AUGGCAAAGUCAUUUAUGCCAGAUGAAGAACGCAUCCAUUGCAAACGCUGCGGCACAUGCGGUGUUACCCUCAGAACCUGCCCCCAAUGUGAAUUUUGCGUGUUCUGCAAGAAAGACGGCCACACCGUAGCAGAAUGUCCCAAGGUCCGACCCUGCCCCAUAUGCAACUUGAAAGGGCACCAGGAGCGUAAAUGCCCGGAGCUUAGCCAUGGACCUGGUCGACUUUCUCGAGCAAAAGGAUGGAAGAAGCCUCAUGGCUCCAAGUCGGUAUUGCGUGAUGAGCAACCGAAGAAGGACGGGACCAGCAUACCUCCGAAAGCAUCACAGAAACGGAAACGCUCUGGUGAUGAUGAUUCUCAAGUUAGGAAGCAGCCAGCGGCCAAAGUGUCGUCAGCCAAACAUGGCGACAAGUGUUAG